AUGAGUUUUUGUUCAUUCGAAGAGGAUCUGAAAUUAGAUGUUGAAUUAUCCGAUUCUUCAUCUGAAACUUCAUCUGAUUCAUCGCUCGAUUCGUCGUUAAUCGAUUCAUAUGAGGAUAGUUCUGAAUUGUCAACCGAUGAAGAAAUUCUUGAUGCCGAGUUGAUGGACCCUCAACAGCAUGAACGAAACAUGAUUUUAAUGGAGCGAAUCAUUAAUUCUGAAAUAAAUGCCAAUAAUGAUUGUCUUAUUCCUUUACGCACUAAGAACGAAUUAAUUGAUGUAGUAAUACCUAAACCAGAAAUUGACCUUAAACCAGACAUGGAAUUAAAAUUGAUUGGAACAAUACUUCAUGUUGUGGAAAACUAUGUGGUUAUUAAAUCAAUUAACCCUGGAGAAAAUCAAGUCUUGGAUUCUGAUACUGUCUUGUUACUUGAAGGCCCAGAAGUUUUUGGGACCAUUUUUGAAACAAUAGGCCCAGUUAGCCAACCUUUGUAUGUAGUUCGUUUUAAUAAUGAAAAUGAAUUCAACAAAGAAAAAACUGUGGAAGGUGCUAAUGUAUAUGCUGCGGAUGGAUAUAUACAUUAUGCAUUUCCUGAUCAAAUUCGCCAGUUUAAAGGAUGUGACGCUAGUAAUAUUAACGAUGAAGAAGUUGAUGACAAUGAACGUGAUUUUUCGGAUGAUGAACAAGAAAUAUGCCAUAGACAAACGCUUAAGAAGGAAAAUACCAUGUGGGCUGUGAAAAUAUUAAUGAGUUAUUUAAAUGAUAGGCAACGUAACCGUAGGAGUGACAGUGGUACAAGUCGUCGACGACAACCAAAAUACUCCGAUGAUCCUUUUGGGUAUAAUAUUUUACCCAGACCAAAACAUUUUUUACCACCUACCUCUUAG